CUCAAGUCAUCGCAGGACACCCAGCACACUUGCACGAAGACGCACAAUAUUAAUCGUUGUCUGUCAGCCGCCAGUGAGUGACGGAGAUGCCGUCCGAUGGCAUGCAAGCAUGCAUUACGCAGAGUGAGGUCGGCCAGGAAACACAUACGGACACCCAACACACACUGAUGCCAUGCCAUUGUAGCCAUAAAGACCAACCACAGGGCACGCACACACGAACACGAACACGAAUUAUGCAUCCACUCACUUUAAUCGAGCCCCAUAGGGCGGGAGACCACUCACUCACUCACCAGUAUGUAGGCUACCAACGCAGGCACAACCGUGCCCACGCCCACACACAUGUGGCAGGCAGGCAGGCAGGCAGUCUCACUCCCCUCCCCUCCCCACCCCUUCCAGCACUCACUCGGGGCUUAUCCCGCCAUGCAGCUCCAACCAGCGGGGUUGAAACGCGACGCCAGAUGCCAUCUCAUUUGUCACACCGACACACCCACGCACACGCACACGCACAAGCACAAGAGCACCAGCAAGAUGUGCAAUUGAUAAAGGAGAGGAGGAACAUCCACGUACUGUCCUGUGCUGUCCUGUACGUGGGUGUCAGUCAAUUCAGCCCGUCAGCCAGUCAGCCACACACAUGCAGACAGCCCACACGCCACUACUUCAUCAAGCAAACAAUCAGUGGGCUGGGCGGCCGGCCGGCCUCUAGCUAAUCAUCUACGGGGCGGCGCAACAGAACCUGACGACGGGCUGACAGAAGGGUUCGCCUUGCCAGCUCUCGAGAGCCAAGAGGGGAAGCAAGAAAAAAGAAGACCCUCUCGCCAUGGCAAGGGGUCUGCCUGCCGGCCUGCUUGCCAUCCCUUAUGUCUACACGUCUAUGCUUCUAUCGGCCUGACUGUCUGUCGGCCUGUCUAUCUCUCUCUCUGGGUCGUCUUGUGUGUAAGGGCGACCCUAUAUUCCUGCUGGUCGCACAGCUUGCCCAGCCGCUCGAAUGAGGUGAUGGUGUAAGGGGAUCGGGCCAGGAGUGGGUCGAAGUGGUGCGUGUCGAGUGGGGCGUCCCUGCUGAUGCGCUUCUUGGUCUUGUCGGGGAGGUGCUCGGCCAGGGGUGCGCCGCAGAUGGUGGCCACGCACUCGAUCAGCGGGAUGGCACCCAGGCCGCGCAGCACCACUGUGCGGAUGGGGGGGCGCUGCUCGUCAUGCUCGUCAGAUGAAGACGAAGACGAGGAUGACGAAGACGAUGAUGCCGACGGUGAGGAUGAAGCCGCCGCACCAUUGUGGAAGGGCAGCCCCUGCAGAAACGCCAACACCUGCGCAUACGACCCGUACUUGCGACUCGGCUGGCACCACACACACACACACACACACAUAUGCAACACAGACAGACAUGACUACGCAGGCCCUGCUGCCUUUGCGUGCGUUUCGCUGUCUGGACUGCUUGCUGUCUGGGUGGCUGGCUGGCUGGCUGACCAUGUGCCAGAGCUGCAGUUGCUCUAUCUGUGUGAAUCUCUCGGGGCGCACGAAGGGCGGCAUGAGGGGGAAGGGCUCGUUGCUGGCAUACCGGUUCUCGAUGGUGAGGACCUUGCAGCCGAAGUCGAGCGUGGGCGGGACGAACCAGGUGGACUGCACCUCCUCGCUGGGCUCGGCCAUGCGCGCCAGGGUGCUGGUCAAGUUGGGUCGGAUGAACACCAGGUUGUGGGCACUCUUGGCCAUGAAGGCGAGGCCCUGGUUGAUCUCGGCCGUGUGGUGGUCGGGCAUGACGAAGGGCAGGCCGCGGCGGAUGGGGAUGUGCACCUCGGCGGGGUGCCGCUCGUUGCCCAGCUCGAACUGGAUCUUCUUGCGGUCGCAGACGGCCUUGAGCUCGUGCAGGGCCCGCAGACGCUCGGGGGUGUCCUUGGUCAUCUCCAGGUAGUGGCACUGAUCCAUCCCAUCCACACAUACAACCAGCCGCAACACACCACAGAAAAAGAUAGGGAUGGAUCCGCCCAUUUCUGACUCUGUCUGUCUGUCUGUCUGCAUGUGUGUGCGUGUGUGUGUCUGCAUGUGUGUGUGUGUACCGGUGAGCAGAUGAGUUUGUCCAUCUUGUGGGUGACAGGUUCCUGGAGCAUGAGGCGGAAGUGCCGCAUCUCGCCGGCGUGGAUCGCCACGGCCCCCACCUCCUUCAAACGCCUCCCCUGCAGCCUGCCCAACACCUGACCGAACAACAGACAGAUCGAUGCACAACAAACGAAAUGAGGACUGACACGACACACUGCUUCUCUCCCUCUCUCCCUCUCUCCCUCUCUCUCUCUCUCUCUCUGCGUGCCGACCUGUGUGAGUGUGGUGACGUAUGUGACGCAUGGGUGGAUGGCGAGCAGCUCCAGCGACCGGGUGUGUCGGCACCACUCCAUAAUGCCGUGGUUCAACGCCCCGUCGUCACUUGGCGGGGGCGCCGCAAACGGAUGCAGAUCAUCUGAUUGACAUGUAUGUAUGCAUGGCCAUUCAUUCACAACACACAACACACACAAACAUGCCAAUGGGUUGACGGAGCGUGAGUGAGUGACUGUAUCGCGUUGGCUCACAGCGUUCGGCCACGCCGUGAAUCAUGGUGGGGAUGUGGAACUCCUUGAGUGCGGUGCAGCGGCCACGCAGACGGUGGCUGAGCGAGAAAGGCAGACACAGACGGACAGACAGACAGACAGACAUGGAUGGACGCUCUCAGACCUCUCUCUCUCUCUCUCUCUGGGGCGCUCUCUAUGUGCGUGAUCAGAUGGCUUACUGGACGACCAGCCAGACCCCCGAACGAACAAACACCUGAACCAACACAUCCAUCCAUCCAUCCAGACGGCACACCCCGCUUGGCUUGACACGUCCCUCCCCACCUCCCUCCACACGUCGAGAUGCACCCACCCUCCCCACAUACCUACCUUUUCGAGCAGCGGGAAGUCGACGUAGACGUCAGGGUCAGGUAUGUCGCCCUCGAUCUCUGGCUCGUCCACGCCGUGGCCUCCCACAGGCCCCCCGUCGCCCUUGACGGCCGCCUUGACGCGCUGGUUCCUCUUGUGGCGGUGCCGCUUCAGGGCGCGCUUGCUCGCUCCUUGCGAUGCCGCGGACGGAGGGGAGGGGGAGGGGGCCGGUGUGGGGAGGGGAAUGGCUGCUGCUGCUGCUGACGACGACGACGACGAAGAGGAUGCCACCGCCGCGACUGGUGCUAUUUCUGCGAAUGGGUCGUCGUCAUCAGGCCCAUCAACAGCACCAUCCUCCGCAUCCUCCCCUUGUUCCUCUCCCUGCUGCGGACCCUCAUGGCUGCUGUCGCGCCCCUCAUCAGCGUCGUCCCCGGCGCCCUCCUGUCGGCUGGUCUGCCCCCCUCCCCCUCCCUCUCCCUCUCCCUCCCCCCCUGUGUGUGUCUCUCCUUCUUCUAGCUCCCUGAGCGCCCUCCUCUCUCCUUCUAGCUCGGCGCGGAGGAGGAAGCUGUUGCCCUUGUUGCUCCUCCCGGGGGUGCGGGGGCCGAUGUGGCCGCCCUCCAGAGUGAGGUGCGUGAUGCGGGGGGCCGCAGCCCGCAGGAUUGCCAGGAUGCGGCUGACGGGCGUGGCGCGGCGCAGGUGGAUGUCGGCCGUCUUGACCUCCCCGGAGAUGCGCAACACCCACUUGUCCGGCAGAUCCUCCCAACUGUCGCGUCGUAUGUAUCACAAACACACACACACACACACAUCCAUCCCCGUACACGUGCCCCCGUGUGGUACCCUCCCUCCCCUACCCGGCUCCCCCCUCGCGGAUGUGUAGGUGUUCGAAGACGCCCGUGUGUGGGGCUGUGACGGCGAGCCACAAAGGGUUGUGGGACGGCCGGCCCAGCUUGACGCUCACACGGAUGGCCUCGUUGCUAGACAGAUGCCUGAAUGCCAUUCACACACACACGACCAUCCAUCCAUACCAUACGUCACACACACACAGACACAUAGAGUGGCUGGGGGCGGCCAGCUGUCUGUCUCGCUCGCCUGAGUGCUCACUCACUUGAGUAUAUGUGCGAUGACCCAUAUCGACGUGUUGUUGCGGAUCCGAUCAAACAGCCCGUUCCCACCCUGCACACACGCCACGCACACCGAGAUAAUGAGACUACGAGACUUUCUUGGCCCUCUCUCUGCACGAACCAACCUGCACUGGCUGCGGGCGGGCCCACGACGGCACCUCCUCGCGCCCGGCGAAGUAGAAAGCGGCACCUUUCGCAUCAGCUCUCCGCUUCAGCUGCAGAUAGAUACACAGACAGACAAGAGCAUAGACACAAAUCCAUCGGGGAAGGAGGCAGAGAGCGGCCGCGGCUCACCAUUGCUGCGCUGAGGCGUCGUCAGAGGGGCUACGCUAUCUAUUGCUACGCUAUGGCGGACGGCCUCGCCGUCAUCUCAUCAGUGACUGACUGACACCCGCUGCUGUCCAGUGGGGAAAAACAGGC